AUGAACCCCUUCGAGUCGCCUUCUGAUGCAGGUCGCCCCGCGGGGCAUGGUGCGAGACCCAACCGCGCUGACGGUCCUCCACCACUACCGCCGCUCACCAUCCCAGGUGGAGCUCGUCCCCAGCAUACCUUUUCGCCUCCUCAACCGCACCAACAACAGUUGCCUCUGCCUCCUGGAUAUCAGCCACAAUCGUAUCAGCAGCCCCGCUCGCAGCAAUCCUUCUUCUCGCCUCCUCAAGAUGCCAUGUCACCACCUCCCCACAACAUGGCCUAUGCCAACAACAGCCUCGGCUCACAAGGCAAUCAGCGUCCACCUGGCAUCUCGUUCCAAGAGCCGCAACGCAUCCCUGCACAACGUUCCGGUCCUUCGCGCGAGUCCGUCAAGUCAUACGGCGACGACAAGCGCAGCAUCAACGAUCCCAACAGCAGCAGCACCGCCUUGAAUCAAAUCAACUCGCUCGACCCCGAGAACGGCUUCUCGGCUCAGAACGCCAACUUCCGCCGCAAAAAGUCGCUCGUGCGUCCCGAUCGCGAACGCAUGGACCCCAACCAUCGUCAGUGGUACUACCGGAACCACGCCGCCCACAUGGACGUCAUGGCUGCUUCCGGCGGUCGCGUCGGCUACAUGCCCUCUACCACAGGUCACCUGCCACAACACGGUGCUGCUCCCCAUGGCUCCGGCAUGGCCGGCAUCGUCGGUCCCGGAGGCGGUCUCAGUGGCCUCGGCGUCGCGGGCCCCGCCAACGUUCCUCCCGGCGGUCUCGGACGUGCACCCCCUCUGCGUCGCGGCAAGUCAAUCCUCGGCAGAGACGAAGACCAGGUCGAAACCGGCAUCAACGUGCUCAAACGGGGCGUCUCGCUGCGUCGCAAACAGUCUAAAUCCGGCAAGGCUUCCAAAGAGGUGCCUCGAGAUCUCGGCGAAAGCAAGACCUCCCGCAUCGCCCCCGGUCCCGUGGGAGGCUGGAUGAUCUACUGCUACAUCCUCACCAUCUGCUGUCCCGGUCCCUUCCUGCGUGUGUUCGGCAUUCGCACCCCAGAGCAGCAGCGUGCAUGGCGUGAGAAGAUGGGUCUCAUCGGCAUCAUCGUACUCAUCAUGUCCGCCGUCGGGUUCCUCACUUUCGGCUUCACCCAGACCGUCUGUGGCACGCCUCCCGACCGCUACACGCUCGGAACCAUCGACGUCGGCUCCAUGACAUUCAACGGCUACGAUUACAGCUUCGACCGCUUUGUCCACCCGCAGGUCACACCCUUCGGCGCCAACACCAUCUACAACCACACCAACCCUAUCUACUCGGAGCCGUGGUCAUCCGGUGGACAGGACGGCAGUCUGCUCUUUCAAAAGGUGGGUGCUUCGUGCACCGGCUUAAUCUCUAACCGCAACGGAGGCGGUCAACCCGACCGCUACUUUGACUGCACCCUCAUACGCCAAGAUGGCAAGGGUGCUUACGCCAACAAUUCCAUGUGCCACACGGGUUCCAUCAUCAGCUCGUUCAACGACGGCGCUCAGCCCAAGAACUCGGUCAUUAGGAAGCGUGGUCAGGUCUCGCUUACUUGGAACAACGUUACCGACGCCACACGCAAUCUCGCCGUCUUCCGCGGCGCUGUCUUGGAUCUCGACCGACUCAACAAUCUCACCUCUGGCCUCACCUACCCUUCGAUCUACGACACGCUCAAGCGCCGUAACGAUACGUGGGCAGGUCGCGACGUCACGGCGAGCGUCAUGCGCCAGCGUCUCGACAACGAGUUCGCCUGUCUCGAACAGAUCACACGCAUCGGCUUCAUCGACUCCGAGACCAUCGGCUGCGUCGCCUCCAAGGUGGAGCUCUACCUCUCGCUCGUUUUCAUCAUUGGUGUCGUUGCUAUCAAGUUCUUCAUGGCCGUCAUGUUUGGCUGGUUUAUCUCGUGGCGGCUGGGUAACUACGCCAACGAGACGUACGAGCAGCGCAUGAAGAGAGCCGCCGAGAUCGAGCAGUGGUCCGACGACAUUUACCGUCCCGCUCCCGCCGGUUACCGGCCCAACGCGCGCAAGCACAAGUCAUUCCUGCCCACGCAGAGUCGAUUCUCGGUUGCCGACCCUCUGAGCCUCAAGAGCGGUUCGCGUGCGCCCAUGCCAUUAAGCGAGAAGCGCAUGACGCGCGCUGGCCGGUUGGGCGUCGCUUCGCCGCUCGGUGGCUCGCCCCCUGGCUCUCCAUCGGUGGCCGGUGGCAGAAGCUCGGCCUCCCUGGCUCCCGCCCACUCUCGUCGCUCUUCGUUCUCCGGUAGCCCCGCCGAGGGUGCUAUGGGUGUUUGCCCCUUCCCGCUGCAUCACAUUGUUCCUCAACCCGGGCCCGACUACCGACCAUUUGGAUUCCAGCUGGCGCACUCGAUCUGCCUGGUCACCGCCUACUCGGAGUCGUUCGAAGGUCUGCGUACUACGCUCGACAGCCUCGCCACCACCGACUACCCCAACAGCCACAAGCUCCUGCUCGUUAUUGCCGACGGUAUCGUCAAAGGUGCCGGCUCGGACAUCUCGACGCCCGACAUUUGCCUGUCCAUGAUGAAGGAGCUCGUGAUUCCGGCCGAAGAGGUGGAGGGCAACUCGUACGUCGCCAUUGCCGACGGCUACAAGCGUCACAACAUGUGCAAGAUCUACGCCGGUUUCUACGACUACGACGACGAGACCGUCGAGCGAUCCAAGCAGCAGCGCGUCCCCAUGAUCCUCGUCGCUAAGUGCGGAACGCCGCUCGAGGCCGACAGCGCCAAGCCCGGUAACCGUGGUAAGCGAGACUCCCAGGUACUACUCAUGGCUUUCAUGCAGAAAGUGAUGUUCGACGAGCGCAUGACUGCGUUCGAGUACGAGUUCUUCAAUAGCAUCUGGCGCGUCACGGGUGUGUCGCCGGACAACUACGAGGUCGUGCUCUGCGUCGACGCCGACACCAAGGUGUUCCCGGACUCGCUCUCACGCAUGGUCGCCUGCAUGGUCGAAGAUCCCGAGAUCAUGGGUCUCUGCGGUGAGACAAAAAUCGCAAACAAAUCGGAAACCUGGGUGACCAUGAUCCAGGUGUUUGAGUACUACAUCUCGCACCACCAGACCAAGGCGUUCGAGGCGUGCUUCGGAGGUGUCACCUGUCUGCCCGGCUGCUUCAGUGCGUACCGAAUCAAGGCGCCCAAGGGUCCACACGGCUACUGGGUGCCCAUCCUGGCCAAUCCGGACAUCGUGGAGCACUACUCGGAGAACGUGGUGGACACGCUGCACAAGAAGAACCUGCUCUUGCUCGGAGAGGACCGAUACCUGACGACGCUCAUGCUCAAGACGUUCCCCAAGCGAAAGAUGAUGUUUGUGCCGCAGGCGGUCUGCAAGACUAUUGUGCCGGACACGUUCCGCAUCCUGCUGUCGCAGCGUCGUCGAUGGAUCAACUCGACGGUGCACAAUCUGUUCGAGCUGGUCAUGGUCAACGAUCUGUGCGGCACCUUCUGCUUCUCGAUGCGCUUUGUCGUGUUCAUGGAGUUGACAGGUACCUUGGUGCUGCCGGCUGCCAUUGCCUUUACGCUCUACGUGGUGGUUCAGGCGUUCCUGCCCCACGUGCCUACGCCUACGAUUCCUCUCAUCUUGCUUGCCCUCAUCUUGGGUCUACCGGGUAUCCUCAUUGUGGUGACGUCGCGCAAGAUCGCGUACGUCGGCUGGAUGUUGAUCUAUCUGUUCUCGCUGCCCAUCUGGAACUUUGUGCUGCCGUUGUACGCCUACUGGCACAUGGACGACUUCUCGUGGGGUGCCACGCGAGUGGUGCAGGGCGAGAACAAGAAGGAGAACCAUGGCGAUGCAGAUGGCAAGUUUGAUCCUUCGCACAUUGUGAUGAAGCGAUGGGCCGAGUUUGAGCGCGAGCGUCGAUGGAAGUCGGGCACCCACUCGCGCGACUCGACCUACGAUGUUGUGCAGCGCACGGGCUCGCCUGAGAGGGCAGCUAGCACACGCUACUCGGUGGUCUCGUCGGACACGUUCCACUCGAACCCAUCGGGGCAGCAUGACCAGUUUGGCCGCGCCUUGCCGCAUGCCAUGUCGUCGAGCGCAUCGCAGUUUGCACCCGAAGCGUCGGAAGUGUCGCACAGCAAGAGCGCAUCAGGAGCGCGGGCUCGUCUCGAUGCCGUUCCGCUCCUGGAAUUGCCGGCACCGCUUGCGACGGAUGCCAAGCAACGCAGUGGUGCUUCGCCACCCGGUACGGUGGUGGUGCCGCGGCCUCGCGCCACGUCUCCUUCGCCUUUGCCGCACCACUCGGGUCACCCUGCUCUAGGCAGCGUCAACGCAUUCACACCGACGCAGUAUAGUGCGAAUCGACUUCCUGCUCCGCCUGGAGCCGCAACAUACGAGGCUUAUCCGCAUUCAGACGUGGCCGACGACGAGAAGCGACCCAUGAUCGGGUCGGCGUCGAGUUCGCCAGAUCCGGAGCCUCGCCGAUUUGUGGGCGCCGACGUUGCCGUGCGACACGGCAGCGUCUCGACAGAGCAGCGCUACCCGGCAGUGAGUGAGUCGGCGUACCCCAUGCAAGCGUACACGGCGGAGCCGGAGACGGACGGGUCGGUGUGGCAGUCGCAGCACGGCUCGAAUCCAGCGAGCCCCGUGCAGCCGAACCGGUCGAUCACGCGCGGAUUCAGCUUGGUCGAUGACGGUCCCGUUGCGAGCGCACAGGGUGUGCGACAGGUGCAGCGCGGAGCACGACGCACGUCGCAGAUGCCCAACGCGGCGACAUCACCUUCGUCUGGGAGCAGAGCCGGCAACUUACCACCGGGAGCGGCCCCUCCCAGCUUUGACUGA